CACAUUGACGAUGACCUCGGCGCCGAGGUGCUGCAGAAGCUCUUCUUCGGCAUGCCUCGCCUGCAAGCAUUGGACUUCGCCGGGUGCACAUCGCCGUCUUUCAAGAACUCUUUUGCAUCUCUGGUAGACAUGGACUGGCCCGAGACGCUGUCGAUCACGCGGCUCUCGCUGCACAAGUGCCUGACACUCCCUCCCGCGCUAUUCGAGAAGAUCAUGCCACGCCUCACUAAUGUCACACACCUGGAUCUUGCCCAGACCAAGAUCACCGACCGAGCGCUGCAGGCCAUCCCGAAGACGGCCAGGAUUACCCACUUGAACCUCGCCAAGUGCACACUGCUCACGGCUCCCACCGUUAUCAACUUCCUUGCGACUCAUCCGGCGGUCAGGAAUCUCGUUUACCUGAGCGUGGCCACCGAUGCUCGGAGUCACCAGCUUCUGGAUGUGGAGGACGUUUCGCAGCUCAUCCCUGUGCUGCCCAAGACACUACGGUCUUUGAGCCUAAAGGGUAGCCGCAUGGAUGACUCGCACCUCGAGUUGCUGCGACCGCUGACCAAGUAUCUGGAGGAGCUCGCCGUCGGGCGCGACAUGGAUGUCAAUGCCGCCGCUAAGCUGCUUGAGCCGGCGGACGAGAAGAAGCAGGAGGAGCCCCACAUGAUCCGAUACCUGGACCUUUCGGACCUCUGGGGCAGCGAGUUGGAUAUCGUGGAUUUGUUUUCGAGCCGAAACUCGCUGCUAAAACCGAGCUCGGUGCCACUCGAGGUGGUUGAGAUCUCGGAGCAAUCGUUCAAGAGCCUAUCUAGGAAUAGGGCGCUGGAGCGCGUCGGCUGGUCCCUGCAGGAAAUCGGAAGCCGAUGCUGGAUGGUCCGAAUGCAGGACCACCGCAAGGAUCAGGACCGCGGCUACCGGUGGUGGAAGAUUGGCGCCGACAACUGGGGCAUGCGCAAGAUCCCGGUCGCGCGCGCCGAAGUCGGCGGCAUGUACGGGUCCUUUAUGUUUGGACGCAAGCUAUGA